GGGGGCGGGGAAUGAUACAACAUCACAGGCAUGCCAUUCAUCCCCGACACGCCGGACUCCUCCAUCCUCCCCGGUGCCCGAAGGACUGCGUGCCCCCCGGAUGCCUCCUCUCUCUGGGGACCCUCCCCGGUAGCAUGGAGCCGACAUCGUGAAUAAAGGAGCGUCUCCUCCUCGCCUUUCUCUUGUGACCUCGCGGAGCUCGGCGGAGACAUGAGGAACCCGCUGGCGGAUUUAGCCCUGACAUUCCUGCUCUUUCUGGAGUGUGUGGAAGCCAAGAAGUACUGCUGGUAUUUUGAAGGCCGAUACCCCAUCUACUUCAUAUGCCGCUCCUACGAGGACUGCUGUGGGACCCGCUGCUGUGUGAGGGCGCUGUCCAUCCAGAGACUGUGGUACUUCUGGGUGCUGCUAAUGAUGGGGGUGCUGUUCUGCUGCGGGGCCGGCUUCUUUGUCCGAAGAAGGAUGUAUCCGUCCCCUCUGAGGGACGAGCCCGCCUUCAAUGUCUCCUUCACCAGACACCCUGCAACAUCCCCAGUUUCCCAGCAGCCGGGCAGCAUGCAGGGCUUUGGGGUCAACGGGAUGACGGGUGGCGACCCGGGGGUCGCCAUCGCACACCCGGCAUUCACACAGCCGCCGCAGCCCGGCUCGGCCCACAUGAUGAUGGCGGCUUACCCUCCACCUCCGUCCUACUGCAACCACCCGCCGCCGUCCUACGAACAGAUAUUCCAGAACGGCGACAAGAAGUAAACUCCUGCAAGGAGACGCAAGUGUAGAUGUAAGACUUGUUCUGUGGAACGAGACGGAAGAGGCACCGUAACCAGAAUCUAGUGCACACACACACACACACACACACACACACACACACACACUUUUUGAGUCACGCACACACUUCAUCUGCAGUGCUGCGUUUCCUCCUGAUCCACAUGGAUCUGUACAGUGGUGAGCGAGGAUGCUCCCGUUCAGGUUUUGGAUUCACCCACCGUCACCGGUUCUUCUCCACCUCCCAACGAGCAGCUCCACCUGUACACGAGUGAACAGAAACUAUGUAUGUACCAGAAAGCUCUUCAUUAAAAGUGUUUUAACUCAAAAAGUCACACACGUUAUUAUAUCGUUAUCCUGUUUCAAGCGGCGGCCUCUCACUGCGAGAUGGGCCCUUUACUAAAUGAUGACUUCUUGAUACAUUUUUUAUUGCCUGCUUGUGCUGUUAGCGGCAGAAAGGAGAGGAAUCAGACAAGGGCGGCGUGACGCUGAGCGGGGGGGGGCAGUCGAUCUUCGCUAUAUGCCCCCCCAACGUGCUGGAAGGCCCCGCCCCCUUAAGCCAGCUGUUGCUGAUGUGAUCAGCCCAUGGAUUCAUGCUACCGAUGUUAUUCUGAGCAGUGCUGCCCUAAAAUAGCUUCCUGCCCUUCCUAACCCAGAUUGAAGGACGACCCCCUCCGCCACAUUUAAUCUCUAAAACUAAAGGACAGUUGAGAGGCUGCAGUCAAUAGUCCACCUCUUUUGUUUCAUUGAAGGAGAUGGGGUCCCCUGGUAUACAGAGUGGUGCUUCAGGAGCCCCUCUGACGGACUGCGGGUACCUGCAGCCAGCUGCUGGUGUUUAGAGCUCCACCUCCAGCAGUUUACCAACCAGCCCCGUUAGUGAGGCCACGAUGAGUCCAAACGACCCCCCAGUUCCACCAUCAGAGAGCUGCUUUGGUUGUGUUUGGAUGAGCUAAUCUGAUUAGCUCAUUUCAAUGUUCAUAUGUAGAUGUUAUUGCUUGUGAAGGAGGCUUUGCAGCAUGUUAACACUUACUGUCGUCAGAAUUGCUAAUAUGAGGACUGUUCUCUGAAGCCCAUGUGACUAAACAACAGUCCUGAACCCGAGAUAGUGAGUCAACCGUAUCUCCGAAGCAGACGCGGGAACAAAGUGUUUGUUGGCCUUGUUUCUUGAAAAAAAAAGAAUUAUUUAGUGCCAAUCAACAGAUUGAGCGCUAUUGUUGUGUAUAGAAAGAGUUCUGUGCUGCCACUGUGUGUGUCUCCUCUGCAGCUGUAUGACGUUACGGCAGGAACCAGAAGCACAGAGCAGGUGUUCUGCACACCGAACCCACAGACGCGCACAGAUUAUUCAAAAGGUCUCUAACAGUAAAGAAAACGCACAUCUGCAUAGCCUGCAUGUCGGUCCUGCUGCACGGACGGGCCGCGUAUACAGAUGUGUGAUUAACACGUGGGGUAAGUGGGGGCCUCUGGUCUCCGUUCGUCUGCUCCGGCUGUGACGUCCAUGUUGCCCGGUGAUGGUCCUGCGUCGGAGCUGUGAGCUCCUCUGAAGCAUGUCUCAUCUCUCCAUCAAUGGAACUCCAGACAGCAUGCCUUUGUUUGGCCACAUGACCAUGGAUGGGCUCCACUUGAUGUUUGGCUUCUGCAGCAACAAACAUCUGAGGUAUAUCUCAGAUAAAUACCGCAUUAGUUCUCACCGUGACAGAACGCUGCCGGUUUCUGCUUGGGGAGAUGAAACCUUGAUGCAGACAUUUUUUUUCUUCUUUUUAAUAUCUAAGAAAAUCUUAGGAAAAGCGACUCACCUGAAAGAUGAAAUGAACCCAGGCUGAGGAGAAGAAACCCGCGUUGUUUCUGAUUGGAAGACGUGUGUGUUUUUUCCACUUUGCUGGUUAGAGAUGCAUCAACCCAAAUAGCCAAGUGAGGAAAGCUAAACUCACGCUAUUUAUUAAUAAUCAUAAUCUUGGUUGUUGGGCAGCACGGUGGUUAGCACUGUCGCCUCACAGUAAGAAGGUCCUAGGUUCGAUUCCGCCCAGUGGCCUUUCUGUGUGGAGUCCUCAUGUUCUCCCCGUGUCUGCGUGGGUUCUCUCUGGGUACUCCGGCUUCCUCCCACAGUCCAAAGACAUGCUCUGGGGAUCAGGUUGAUUGGGGACUUUAAAUUGCCUGUAGGUGUGAAUGUUUCACAUGUAUGUCUCUCGUCUCUCGGUAGCCCUGUGAUCCAGGGUGUACCCUGUCUCUUACCUGAAGUUGGAGCAGACCCUGUGUGCAGGAUAAGUGGUUUGCAGAUGGAUGGAUCUUGAUUGUUGUGCUGCUUGUGUGUCGGUGCCGUUCUCCGGGGGGGACGAGAUCAAUAGACGUGUUUCCUUUCACUCCAUCUUGGCUUCUGGCCGAGUUCUCAUCCAUAAAUAGUUUGGCACUGAAAGGGGCGCAUUUUCUAUUUUCAACAGUUUGUUGUGAGUUAUUGCCCACCGGAGCUUUUUCACAUAUUGUCUUAGGCCCAAUUCAGUGUUUAUUUGUGAGUUAGUCUUUUUAUGGAGUUUUAUGGAUCAAACAGACUUAAUCGUGCCCACAUGGGUGACACAGAUGAGGUGACACUGUAGAAGAGCAAUCACAGGACCUUAGCGGUGCAACAGAUACCCAGAUGAUGAUGACCACAUGCUGCCCAUCAUCAUGUGGGUAUCUGUUGGCACCACUAAGGUCUCUUUGGUCCAUGUUGUUUCAUGUUGGGUCUCUUGUGAAAACAUUGUCUUCUUUUCAACUUCUGAUCCUCCUCCUUUUAUUUUCUGUUGCUUCAGUCACAACAAACAAAAAGCACACCACGCUGACGCAUCGCACACAACAUUACAAUCUAAUGUGCGUUUCCCCCCGUGGAGUCAGUGGUACUAAUGGUGUUCAGCGGGCACACGCCUGUGUCGACUAAGCUUUCUUCCCCUUUUUCCCCAUGGAAGGGUUUUUCAUUUGUUGGGGAGUUCUUCCUGUGCCGAUGUGUUGGUUUCGGGACAAAGGAUGUCGUAUGUGUACAGACUGUAAAGCCCUCUGAGGCAAAUUUGUAAUUUGUGAUUUUUGGCUAUACAAAAUAAGAUGAAUUGAAUUGAAGUGUGUGGAGGCCUCUGCCCCCCCCCCCCCCCACGAAGCCAGUGGACCUGUGCAGUAGUUUGCAUAUUAGAGAUAGCACCAUGUGAAAGGCCAUCAUGUGAAACUAUGCAACAGCUAUUGUAGAAGCAUCCGGACCUUUUAUCCUCGCCUUGUUAACGUCUUCUCAUUGUCAUUGUAAAAUAUGUAAAUAAACGUCACUUCUGAUAACUUCUGAAAUGUGA